AUGUCUUCCCUCGCAAAAACAAUCGUAGCAACCGGCGUUUCAUCCGGAAUCGGCUUCGAAGCAAUCAAGCAGCUCCUCAGCCAGAGUCAACCAUACAGAGUCAUCCUCGGCGCACGCAACACCAAGAAUGCACAGAAAGCUUACGAUGAGCUCAAGUUCGACCGUGAAUCUCAUGGAGUCACUGUUCUUCCGCUGGAGUUGAAUGAUUUGAAGGGUGUCAAGUCUUUUGCGGAGCAGACGCUUGAUAAGAUUGGUAGAGAGAAGAUUGAUUACUUGUUACUCAAUGCUGGAUUGGGAGGUGUUGCUGCUGAGGGGCCGGGACCACAUGGGUCGAAGUGGUGUGAAUCUCAUAUUGUGAAUCAUCUCUCGCAGCAUUAUCUCGUACAUCUCUUGAGGGAAAAGCUGGUCGAGUCCAAGUCGAGGAUCGUGUUCGUUUCGUCCGGCGCAAUUCGACGAGUCUCUGAUCCCAGCGUACUCGACACAGAACUCAAAGCCGGAUCUGGUGCCUCCGCCAGCACGACAUACUGCAACACCAAAUUCACCGGCCUCCUGGGCGCACAGUGGUGGCGUCGCCAACUUGCCGAUAACAACGACGUGGUCGCUGUUUCACCAGGUCUCAUCCCUGGUACAGGUCUCGCGAAUCGUAUGGGCAUCAAAGCUGAUAUGGCUGACGCAAAGUCGAUCCCUGAGGGUGCACAAAGUGUCCUUGCGGCUAUGACGCGAAGUGACUUCCCUGAGGAUCGCGAUCGGAUCUUCUUGACGAGUUGGGGUGAGUGGUGGGAGAAGAGUAUCAUUGAGAAGUCGACAGAUAAGCAGUUGCAGGAUAAGUGGUGUCCCAGUAAGGAGGAGAUUGAGCGCGAGGUUGGCAUCUCAUCUUAG